GUACUAAAAACAAUCAUAAGCACGAGCACGGCAUGUUGUUCUUGCUCUCGUUGUUACUUGGUCAUUUUUACAGGGACGAGUGACUUGUGCGACGAAACAGGUUAUUGAAUUAAAUUCCGAGACUAAUUUCUUAUAGAAGGCUAUCAUUAAAAUGGAUAGCUUCUAUCGCAAACCAUUGAAGGUUUCCUCUGAGAAGAAAGCUGGCAAAAAAGAUGAUGGCCGGGCAAUCAACCCCAGCACUGCAACGAUACACCCUAUGAAUGUCAAAAAAGAGCGCGUGGAUUCAAUCAGCAUUCCAGGUCCAUUCAUUGGUUCAGACACUGAGUCGACACACAGCUCUACACCUGGCAGUAAAACGAGCAAAGUCUCAAAGAAGAAUGGCUGCGUGAAGAAGGUGAAAAAGAGUCUAAAUCAAAGGAACUUGAAAACGAAAUCGAAGAAUGCCCUUCAACCUGGCAGUUCAACCAAAAAGAAGCUUAAAGUUUCAGAGAAAAGCAGUAUUGAGGAGGGAAGAGAAACAUUCGCGUGGAUUAUUCAUCCUGUUCCAAUUGAUGAUUACUUUAGUACAACCUGGGAAAAGCGACCUUUACACAUCUGCCGAGAGGAUCCUUCUUAUUACAGUGCCCUAAUCACCACGGCAAAGUUAGAUGCAAUGCUCCGAGAGCACAACGUAGAGUUCACAAAGAACUUGGACAUCACAAGCUACCGAAAUGGACAGCGAGAAACACACAAUCCUGAUGGACGGGCACUGCCAGCUCAGGUGUGGGAGGCGUAUAAUGAAGGCUGCAGCGUCCGUAUGCUGAAUCCGCAAGCCUUCAAUGAGCAUGUGUUUGCUCUCUGCGCUGUCCUCCAAGAGUUCUUUGGAAACAUGGUUGGGGCCAACUUAUACCUCACACCGCCAGGCACACAGGGGUUUGCUCCUCACUAUGACGACAUAGAGGCGUUUGUCAUCCAACUGGAAGGCAAAAAACACUGGCGCCUUUACUCACCAAGAGAACCCAAUGAGGAGCUGCCUCGCUUUUCGAGUCCAAAUCUGGACGAAAAAGAUAUAGGCAAGCCAAUCAUGGACGUGGUGCUAGAAGCUGGUGACCUGCUCUACUUUCCCAGGGGCACUAUACACCAGGCUAAUGCACUUCCUGACUCACACUCGUUCCACAUCACAGUGUCGUGUUAUCAAAAGAAUUCGUGGGGGGACUUCCUUCUCAAGUUGAUCCCUGCUGCUUUGGAAGCUGCACUUGAAGAGGACGUUGAGUUCCGCAGAGGGCUUCCGCUAGACUACCUACAAUAUAUGGGAGUCGCGCAUUGCGAGAAUGAUUCACAAACAAUCAAUAAGAAGAGGACAGAAUUCAUCUCUAAACUGAAGAGCCUCACUCAGAAACUGUUCAGCCAUGCUCCUGUUGACGCCGCCGCGGACCAAAUGGGAAAAGAUUUAAUCCGAGAUGCCCUCCCACCAGAUUUGAAAGAUGAUGAACAGAUGAGAACUUCGAUUGAAAAUUCCCAUCGUAUGGAGAAUGGUGUUGUCGUGCCCUCAAACGACCUCACCCUGGACACGAAAAUCAAGUUCCUGCGAGCGAAUGUUAUCAGACUUGUGUCUGAGGAGGAUAUCGUGCGUGUGUACCACUGUGCAGAAAACUCUCUUGAGUACCAUAAAGAAGACCUGAAAUUCUUUGAAGUGACUCCGGAAGAGGCAGGCGGGGUUGAAGCCCUUCUGCACAAGUAUCCCAAUUACAUGGCUAUUGAUGAUCUUCCAAUGGAUACUGACGCAGAAAAGUUGCAGCUAGCAAACAUUUUGUGGAGGAAAGGAUUAACCUUAACAGAAACACCUCUGUAAGAAGCCUAUCUCUUCAAUUUUGUAUUUCAGAAAAUUAAUAUAAAAAUAAUUAUGUGUCAUAUUUGUACUCCAUGUAUGGAGAGUUAAAUCCUCCUAAAUUAAAAUCUCGCCAAUUUUAAAUUCAAAA